GAGAAAGCAGGUGUUGGUGCAUGGGGAUUGUAAACUUGCAAGAGGCAGCUCAGAAAUGUCAGUUCAUUUCAACAAGGGACCGGCAUAUGGUCUUUCAGCAGAGGUGAAUCGCAAGAUUGCCCAGAAAUAUGACCCACAGAAAGAUGAGGCAAUUCGGAGAUGGAUUGAAGAUGUUACCGGAGCAACUCUUACAGAAAACCUAAUGGAAGAACUGAAAAAUGGAGUCAUACUGUGCCAGCUGAUAAAUAAGCUUCAACCUGGUUCAGUGAAGAAAAUUAGUGACUCACCACAGAACUGGCAUCAGCUGGAGAACAUUGGGAACUUUAUCAAAGCAAUUACAAAAUAUGGGGUGAAACGUCAUGACAGCUUUGAAGCCAACGAUUUAUAUGAGGGUUGUAACUUAACCCAAGUUCAGACAACACUUAUGGCCCUGGCUAGCAUGGCAAAAACAAAAGGCUAUCAUACAAGAUCGGAUAUUGGUGUGAGAUAUGCAGAAAAGCAGCAACGUGCUUUUGAUAACGAGACACUGAAAGCAGGACAGAAUAUCAUUGGACUGCAGAUGGGAACAAAUAAAUUUGCCAGCCAGCAGGGGAUGACAGCAUAUGGUACCAGAAGGCAUUUAUAUGACCCAAAAACUGGAGUGGAGAAGCCGCUUGACCAGACUACCAUUAGCCUUCAAAUGGGAACCAACAAGGGCGCAACACAGGCUGGAAUGACUGCUCCAGGGACACGAAGACACAUCUUUGACAACAAACUUGGAACUGAGAAAUGUGAUUCCACCAUUGUGUCACUGCAGAUGGGAACAAACCAAGGGGCUUCACAGAAAGGGAUGACUGUGUAUGGGUUGAGCCGGCAGGUAUAUGAUCCCAAGUACUGCUCCACUCCCAACUUCCCUAUCAACAAUGGGAACCAGCUAACCAGUGGCUCUGAAUGCAGUGAGAGUGACUACCCAGCAGAGUACAAGUACAAUCAGCAAACAGAUUCCAACCGUCACAGGCAAAUAUAUCAGGAUUUUGAAUGAGAACAGAGUGGCACUGCUUAAUAAACUGGCUUGUACAAAUGUGCAUCGCAGCCUUACACAUCUCUCAGGUACAAACCACUUAGCUACACAGAAUGCUUUGUUGAUCGUGCAGUGUUAGGCUCUGCUGGUUGAAUUAUAUUUGGAAACCUGAAACAUUUCUUUGAACCAGUGUUGGGUGAUCAAUCAAUUCCAAAAGCUGUAAUAAUAAGCCAGAUUAAUGUAAUAAUUGGCAAAGUACCCUGAAUGUAUCCAUCCAGAUCUAAUUUAAAACAAUCAUCUCUCAUCCUGCUUAGCUUAUAUAUUCAUUAUAACAUUUAAAACAACAUUAAAAUACAAAUAAAAGUUUAAUUUUAAUAAUUUUCCUACUCACCAAUUUGUCAGCACUUGCUCAUUGUUUAUAAAUCUUUCUGUAAAUCAACUCACUGUAGUAAACUUUUAUACAAUGUAUGAAUUGGCUGCUAUUGGAAAUCACUCUUUCUACAGUGACCCACAUAGGAAACACUGCACUGAUCCACCAGUCAUUUUUAGGUAUCCUUAUUAUGAGCUUAACAAUCAUGUACAUGAGAAGAUUUAACAAUUCAGACACUGAAUGAGAUGGAUGCAUGUCACUUGGGCAGGAUUAAUUCUACAACAUUAACUUUGAAAACCGAUCCCACAAUUUUCAUUGCUGCGAUGUCCGUGUGGUAAUAUUGAGAUAGAAAUUUUACAAAGCUUGAAGCAGUUUAACCUCCAACUCAGCACUGGUACAGAAACAGCAGCAGAGGAAAACCUGAGAUGAUGAGAAUGCUUUAACAGCUGUUAAUUAGGUUAGUUUUUAGAUUUUGUAUUCUUUUUCCAGUAUUGAACAUUUAAACAUUAUAACCAGCAAUUAUGUAGUGACUUGUGUAGAUGUGUAAAUCUCCUGCUCACAACAGCACUUCUCAAACUCAACAAACACGUCUCAAGUUGUAGGCACACAAUUAGACUCCGAACUCUAUCAGAACAUCACUGGUCACACCAGGUCUCUGUGCUUUCUUUCACUUGGCUCACUGCUGUUUAUUCAAAAACAUGAAAUCCAAAAAAAAAUGUGUAGCAGUUUAAUAGUCAGACAAGCGAGACAUGAUAUUUCAUUUCAAAAGAACAACAGAAUGACAACCAUUCUCAAAAUAGACUUAGCCAUCAGGAAGCCUCACAUAACAAACCUCAAUCAGCUAGUCACUGGUUACAUCAGGUCCCUUUGACUCAGCUUCCUUACCCAGGCCCAGCACCUUGUGGACCCAAUGUCCAUACAUGGGCUCAGCAUAUUGUGGCAAUACUUAGUGCAGCACAUAAACUGGAGAAAUGUCACUGCAGAUACAGGUCAAUGAUGGAAGAUGUAGACAGAAUGGAUUCAAAAGAAGCUCAAACAUACCGACUAACUUCUGCAAAUCACUUUAAUCAAUCUCAAAUAGAUUAGAUUACUUACAGUGUGGAAACAGACCCUUCGGCCCAACAAGUCCACACCAACCCACCACCCACCCA